AUGGAGGAUAACAUCAUCGUGGCACGUGGAAACACAGCCGACAAGGAACCGACACCCAGCAACACAGCUAAUCGCUCGAGCUCGGUGCUGUCGGACGCGCCAUUGACGGACGAAGGGGAGGGUCAGAGUACCGUCGGAGCCACGCAAGAUGACGGACCAAGUGCGGAGACUGUGAAUGGUGUUUCUCACAAUGCACAAGGCGAGCAGAAUGGCGACUUCGCAACACCGACGAGAGGAGGGAUGGGCGUAGGAAGAGGUAGAGGUGGUGGAAGACCAAGAGGCAAAGGCAAAGGAGGAGGACUCGCAGGAAGUGGGCUCCUAUCCAACGGCGGCACACCUGAUGGCAGUACACAAACUCCCACCCCAGGCAAAGCCCGCGGCCGAGGACGAGGCGGCGGCCGCCCACGCGGAAAAGGUAAAGGCUCCGCCCGUUCCAACAAACGCAAGCGUGACGACGACGACGAAGACUCCGACUCGGCGUCCUCUAUCUCCAGCGACGAAGUCACACCCAUUGCCACAAUGACCAAAUCCGGACGCUCCGUGCAAAAGCCCACGUCCUUCGUGCCUCCACCACCUGCCUCGCCCAUGGCGCCCGCCACGAAACGCAAACGCGUCUUCACCCGCCGUAACCCUGAGUCCGCCGUGUGCAAAGUCUGCUUGCGAGGUACUAGUCCUACCAGCAAUAUGAUUGUUUUCUGCGACGGGUGCAAUUCGCCGUAUCAUCGAUAUUGUCAUCAGCCGGCGAUCGAUCAGAGUGUGAUAGAUGUGGUGGAUAAGGAAUGGUUUUGUCGGAGGUGUGAGGUUGAGAGGGAGGUACCGGUGCCGGAGGGAGAGAUCAGUGGGUUCGUGGCUGUGGAAGGGGUGGGUGCUGAGCAGCGACAACAAUACUUCUCCAGUCUUCCUUCGGGGUUAUUGGUCACCCUCCUCACCAAAGCGACGACACUCCAACCCACCCUUCCUGUCUUCGCACCCGACUUCGCCGCUCGCAUCCUGCAUCCCACGUCCACCGCCAACCCUACCGCACCACCCACAAACGGCGUCCCACCGAAACCUCCGAGCCCGAAACGACUACCACCAUAUUCCUACCAUCCUCCUCCCAGACCGAACGGCGUCCGCGCUCCCGACCCACCCACAGAAUCCUACUACGGUCCGGAUGUGCAUCCGAGGAACUACCCGAGGCCAGGACAGGGAUUGAUGAAGACGUUACCGCAGGAUAGAGAGGAGGAGGGGAGACUGGUGGAGGAGGAUCGGUUUGGAGUGUUUACGCAUUUUUGGAAGCCGGAUGAGAGGAUUGAGGAGGCGGCGAAGGCGGCUGGGCCGGGAAAUGGUGGAAGCGGAGGCGCGGGUGCGAGUACGAAUGGAGGUGCCGGUGGCGGUGGUGAUACUACUGCUGGUGCUGCCGCUCCUACCAAUGGUGGUGCUUCAGCUGCAGGUCCUACUUCCCAUCCUGGCGCUACAGUGAAUGGUGGAGGUGGCAGUGGCGGUCUGAAGGGAAGCGUCGGAUUGAAUUUCGCUCGUGACGUUCCUGCCUCACGCCGUUUGUCACGGACGCUCCCGCGCAAGCUCAGUCGCUUUACUUCCUCCCGUCUCCAUCUCUCCACCGAGACUGUCCCCACAACCACCAUCAACCCAGUCAUGGCGACCGAAGCCAUGGAUACCGAGCCGGACAUCCCCACAGAGAGCCUACCAGACGAAAAGAUAAUCGACGAUGGAGACUUACUCAUCGACUGCUGCGACAAGUCAGGUGGAAAAUUCCUGGUGUCCUCUGCCACCAUAAAAAGAGUAUCGCCGGUCUUCAAGGCUAUGCUGGGGCCGCAUUUCAAGGAAGGGCAGUCGAAAACUCUGCCGCUGGAGGUCGAAUGCUUAAGGCCGACCGAUCGCAACAGGCUCUACUGCCUCGCAGUCGCCGCGUACCUUCUUAAGAAGUCAAAACAUUUCUACGUCUUCACCAAACGACUCGUUCUCGAGCAGACAAAGCUAUUCCACAACAUCCACGAGCGCUAUGUACCAGGCAUUGCUAAUGCAGUCCCAGUCGAGCUUGAGACCCAGCGUACUGCGGCCAUUUUGUCUGUCAGCGAAGAAGUUCGUGACAUGGCCAAAGCCGGGUGCCCCCUUCCCGGGUGUAGGGAAGAGAUCAUAAGCGACACGUUCUUAACACUUCUCCGUGACGAACUCGACCUCGAGUUUCCUUGGCCACCAACCUUCGGCCCACACGCUUCGCAACAAAAGCUUAUGAAAGCUUGGGCGGGAUGUGUAUCGACUGCGUCAAGAAAGGCUGCUACAAGACGGGAGUGUGCAAAGAGGGGUUCUGUUGAGUCGAGACGAAGACGGCCGGCGAUGCUCUCCGAGCUUCGAACAGACUGUGGUACUGGAGAGGAAGGCGGCCGUAUCGGCGAGAGGCACAUGGCCGACCCACCGGACGCAUCCGUAUCGGCGAACGACUUUCAGGACAUCGCUCCAGUCUCUGCGCCGAUCGCUACGCCGCUCACAAGCACGUCAGGCGCACCAGAUACGAAUCCGGAAGAGAGAGAGGAUCCACCACCGAAGGACUUGGUCAUUAUCGCAGGAGGGGACAUUCUUCUCAAAUGCAGAGACUCGGGGAGAGUCCUUGUGUCAUCCUUGAUGCUCAGUCACACCUCUCCAGUCUUCAAGGCUAUGCUUGGUCCCAAUUUUGCAGAAGGCCAAGGCACCCGAAGCGCCGCGCAGCCACAACAAAUCGACUUUCCGGAUGACGCUUCUUCCGGUAUGCGUCUCCUGUGUGCGCUACUUCACAACUGCCCCUGCUUCCCCGGUCUAGAUCUACCCAGCCCAAAGGGAGUUCGAAAUCUCGCUAUUGCGACUUCGCUGGCCGACAAGUACGGAUGCAUGGACGCCAUCUCCUUGCAAGUUCAGGCUGUUUUCGCCCGAUUCUCCAGCCGCCAAAUCACGGACAACUCACCUAUGACGGUCUUGUACGACCUGGCGACAGCGGCUUAUUUGAUGGGUCACGACGCCUACUUCUACAUCUUCACAAAGCGUCUGGUUCUGGACUACAACGCACCUUAUUCGGAAUUGCUCCUUAGCGAUUCGGUCGAGACACGAGAUGUACUUGGGGCUAUCUUUCUGCUGAAGCUCGAGGACCAACGUAACAAGGCAAUGCUGCACGUGAGCGAGACAAUCCCAGCGAUGAAUAUGUUCACUUGCGCUGUACACGGCUGCCGAAAGGUACUUCGAUCUACUACAUUCUUGGACUCAUUCAGAAAAGCGAUCGACCUCACCACCGAGUGGCCGCCAAGCUUCAGCUCCAACACGGUGCGGUCCAUCCUCGACAGAAUUCAGAAAGCUGGCGAUGUUAAUUUGGGCCCAACGGCCUUGUGCCAGCACCGACCCGCAAUCAUGGCAUCUUUACCUGAGGACGUCAUGCAUACUGCUCAGGUCUUCGAAGACUUUGCGGAUAGGGUGAACGAGCAGAUGGCCGGCAUGUGUCUCACGUUGAUGGGAUAUGCCAUCAGUCUGGAGACACACUGUCUGGCUCGGCGCUGCAUAGCAAAAGUCUCGUACGUCGUCACACCACCUGCCAGCAUGGCAGACCCACACGAUGAACCCGUACCGGCGAAGCGAUCAGAAGAUACACAGACGACAACCUCACCGCCGAAAGACACGGUCAUUGUCGAGGAGGGCGACACUCUCCUCGUUUGCGCAGAUGCGGAGGAGCUCGGAAAGCUCCGGGUGUCCUCGAUCAUCCUCAAACAUACCUCGCCGGUCUUCAAGGCCAUGCUUGGCCCACAUCUCGCCGAAGGACAGGUUCCGCGCAGUGCGCUACAUCCACAAGAACUACAUUGCCCGGAAGACAACUGGCAUGCCAUGGAGUGUCUGAUGCAGCUCCUUCAUCACUGCAAGAGCUGGCUUCAGGACGAUCUCUGCGACAACGGGACACUAAAGCGCUUGAUAGGGCUGGGCGCGGUCGCUGACAAGUAUGACUGCAUCGAAGCGAUCUUUCUGCAAGUCGACACCGUCUUCGCUCAUUUCAAGAAUUCGCAUAUUGCGGCCGGAGCAUAUCUUGACGUUAAUUCGGACAGUGCAGGUCUCCGUGACUGCUUUGAUCUGGCGAUAGCGGCUCUUCACUUUGAGAAGGAUUCUUACUUUUACUUCUUCACGAAACGCCUUGUGGUCGACUUUGUUGGUCCGUACUCUUCCGUUCUCACCACAAGACCAGGCAGCGGAGAAUCCGCUCUUUCACUCGAGUUGAAUAUUCUGUUGAAGCUUGAAGAGCAGCGCAAUGCGACCAGACACAAGAGCAUCACAUUCAUGCCUGCAUUCGAGAAGGCGAUCAAACUGGAAACACAUUGGCCGCCAACAUUUAGCUCCCUCUCGAUCCGCACUGUACUAGAAAAGCUCAAGAACGUGGGGAAUAUCGAGCGGAGACCUGUUUGUGGCCACCAUGGAUCUCUCGUGCGAAAAGCAAGGGAAUUUGAAGAUUUCGCGGCCGAGGUCUACAACUCCAUGGCUGGAAUGUGCUCACGCCUCACUCUCGCAUCCUUCGGCCUUGGGGAAGAGCCAAGGCAGGAUCUUGCAUCGCCGAAUGUCUGA